AUGGACACUUCCCUUAAGAAGCCCUGGAUCGAAACCCCACUAAUUGAAUCGGCCACCCUCUCCAAGCAAGCAGGAUGGCUUGGAAGCGAUAUACUAACCCUCUUCCCUAUCAGCCGCAUAUUCCUCAAACUAGAGCUCCUUCAACCCUCCGGUUCCUUUAAAUCGCGAGGAACCGGCAACUUAAUCCUCUCCGAACUCAAGUCCAAAACCAACAACACCAACACCAAAAAAGUCCACUUCUACAGCUCCUCUGGCGGAAACGCUGGUCUAGCCGCCGUCCACGCAGCCCGCGAUCUCGGCUGCGCCUGCACCGUGAUCGUCCCGCAUAGCACGAAGCCGCUAAUGAUAGCCAAACUUCGUGAUGCCGGUGCCACGGAGGUGAUUCAGCAUGGGGCGAGUUGGUUCGAGGCAGAUACGUUUCUGCGGCGGGAGUUUAUUGAGAAUCAACAUCUGGGAGUGGGAGAGGGGGAUAGUGUGAGUGGGACUGUCAAUGUUUAUGUGCCGCCGUUUGAUCAUCCGUUGGUUUGGGAGGGUGCUGGGAGUAUGGUUGGUGAGAUUGCGAGGCAGUUACCGGCCAGGGAGGAGGGUGUUUUUCCGGCGGAUGUGAUUGUGUGCAGUGUUGGUGGUGGUGGAUUGUUUAAUGGGGUUGUCGAUGGAUUGGAAAAGUAUAUCAAGGCUUCUUCUUCUUCGUCGUCAGGAAAGAGCGUACGCGUUCUCGCUGUGGAAACUCGCGGCGCAGACUCAUUGGCGCAUUCGCUUCGAGAAGGAAAACUCUCUUCUCUAUCUGCCAUUGAGUCGCAAGCUACCUCACUAGGUGCACUAUGCGUUGCUGAAAAGACUCUUUUCAACGCCGUGUCCCCGCCUAAGGGCAUCGAUGUCACCAGCGUUGUGGGUUCGGACGCUGAUGCUGCGAGGGGUGUGUUGCGGUUAGCGGAUGAGACUCGGUUGCAGGUGGAGUUGGCGUGUGGGAUUAGCUUGGAGGUUGCUGUUGGAGAAAAGUUGAAGGAAGUGAUUCCGGAUUUGAAGCCGGAGACGAGGGUUGUGGUUGUUGUUUGUGGAGGGAGUAAUAUCACAGCUGAGAUGAUGGCUGAGUAUAGAGCGAAGUUGCAGGAUGGGUGGGUUUGA